UGUGCCGGCGUGCGCGAAGGCUUUUUCGGAGGUUUUCUGGCGGGCUUCUCGAAGUUCCCUUCAGGAGAAGAAGCACGUGACGAGAUCCACGAUGAGUGGUAUGGUAAUUGGAGAAGCGACCGGUUCUUUAGAAAGCUGCUGAUCCUCGCGCCUGUUUAGAGCGAACAGUCCCCUGUAUAGUUGACUCUGUCGACAAGACCGACCGGAGCGUUUGUCCUUUCUUUCGUCAUCUCAGGUGGACGACGCGUUUCUAGUCGCGUUAACGUACAGAAACGGGGAAAGUUCUCGUUUUCUGCGUCGCUUCACUCGGUUUCGUCCGGAGUGCGGUGGCCCAAAAUCUCGUAGGGGCAUCGUGGACACACGUUUUCCUUGAGGCACACAAAGUUCAGCGUCGCCGGUCUUUUCGCACGUGCCCGUCCGUGUCUAUUCUCCUAACGGGGAAAGGGGUAUUUUCGUGUUCGUCCUUCGACUUUUUUCUGCCGGGACUCCCUCGGACUUGCUGCGCCGCACUUCACAGGCGAGCUGCUUUCCGAGUUGCGCGGACAACUCGACGGGCUUCGUGAGAGCCAGUGAAGCUGUGCUUUUUCUGUUCCGUGGUCUUUAUGCGGCAUUCCUCAUCCGAAACUGUGAAGUUGUCUUUCCGGUUAAAUGGAUUCCGUAGUUGUCUCGGGAAAUUUCGACGGACCUGUUCGAACUCGAGGAGCAUACGUGGCUCCGCUCCAACGUAGCGCCUCCGUUUUUGCGACAGUCACGAUAUAGCUUCUCGUGCAGUUCUUCGAUUAUGUUUUCCUUGUUUUUUCCGUCUGAGGUAUGUUUCUUUUCCUCAUGUUAAACCAGGCGUUCACCUCGGUCACCCCAGUUGUUUUUCUUUUGAGUCUCAGUAUCUCUUGGGCCUCUCCGGCAUCGGUCCUCGCGCCGUCCUGUGCAGAAGCCUAGCUGCAGCAAGUUGCUCGUAUCCCAUUCUAGUUCGUAUUCACACCGAACCACGCGAGUACGAAAUCGCUUUUUGCAAUUAUGCGCGUGGAUCUCCAGUCCUGGAGUCUGUCGUGGGCGUGUGCGCGCAUCAAAUAAGUUCGGCCUUUGUACCACUUUGGCUUCGCUGUGGUUUCGAUUUUCGACUCCGUUCAGCUCCGUAGUUGUUGGGUACCUUUUUUCGUCAAGACUGCAAUAUUCAGUCUGUUUUCAGGAACAGUUGCCUUCAUUUUCUGUAAAAUGUGUGACUGUCUGAGCAAAAGACUCUGUCGGGGGCCCUCCAGGGGGAUGGACCUGACCUACCGAGAUAUCUUCAAACUCACUGUACCGUUCGUAUGGUCCAUUGCGGCGUGCUGCCUCUUCGCGUACUACAGCAUUGAACCCAUCUCGAACAAUCGCUUCCCCAAGACCGUUCCCAUGUACUGGAGCCUGAUAUCCGCGUUCCCCGCCUUCAUGACUGCACUCAACAUCUUCAUUUUCCAUCGAGAUGCCGUCAUCCAGUCUGGUCUCUCUCGGGUGGCGCUUGCUGAGUUGACGCAAGUUGUGCGACUGAUUUCCGUCGUCGGUGUCUUCACCUUCAUCACUCUCGCCGUGGCAAGUGCCGUGCAGCUUGCGCAAUGUCGCCUGUGCAACAAUGAGAGCUACAAGGAGAAUGUGAUUUGGUGUGGGAUCUCUCUCGUCUGGAUGGUGGUGAUGGCCUGCACGACUCCUACCGCGCGUCACUUCUCGAAGUUGAUCUUCCGGUACGAGACGUUCCAGCAGCAAGGCGGCAUGACACCCACCGUAACUUGCGCAUCUCCUGAUGGGCCUCCCUCGCUCCGUCCGGUCUCCUGGGGCGCUGUCGGGUCUCAUCCCGGAGGUCCAGCAGGUUCUGGCAACGGAGCAUACACGGUUGCAGCGGGCUACCCAGCUCGCGGCGCUCGCACGCUCGGGGCCUCCGGACACCCUGCCGAAGACGACUACAUCCGGGCGGCUGCGGGUGCAUCUCCGGGGCAAGUCGUCACCGGCAAGGUCUCUUCGAAGGCAGAAAGUGGCAAGCUGGAAGAGGGAAAGGGUGGCAGCUGAGUGGGAGAGACACAGCGAGGAUGCGACAAGAAAGGCGUGCGAAAGUUCAAAAGACACAAGCAGGGGGGAGAGGGGGCGGAAUCAGAUUGGAAACGCAGGCCCUGCUCUGAGACAGAGGUUGUGGACUGCGCGGGGAGGAAGGCGAAGGUCGUCCGCAGGGCACGCAGAAAGGCAGGAAAUUUGGCGGCCAGUAACGACGGUUUUCGAUUUUUUCAAAUAAAUCGACAAGGAUGUCACUCUGGCGGGUGGCCUUCAUGUUCAGUCGCGGGGGGAAAAGUCACCUUGUGGUGAAAGCGGAGGAGCGGACCGGAGGACGACUGACACUGCAGUCGUUGCACACAGACGCGACCGAGUGAGAGACGGUAGUAUAUGUGUUGCCGACGAAAACGAAGCUGGACGGUCUAGCUAAAUUACCCAGUGGUUUUGUGUAGUCGGACAGGGAACUAACUAGACAGCGUGGCACUGAUGGAGUCUGUGUUCGUGGCUGCGUACCCCUGGGAGAAAAAUUCAUAGUCUCGGGAACAGCACUCUUCCUAGUGACGUUUUUCAGGCGCAGUGGAAGCACUUGGAG